AUGAGUAGUGAUGGCUCUAGAGAGGGAUCUCCAGAUUGGCUUCGUUCUUUCCAGGCACCAGUCACCACUUCAUUGUUAUCAUUAUCUUCAUCGUCUGGUCCAGAUAAUAGUCCUUACAGGGAAUCUGAAACCAUUUCGUCUCUUCCUCUGCCUGAUGAUCCUAAAACGAAGUUGGUGACAAGGCAAGUCUUUUCUAGAAAGAAGAAACCAGAUGCUACUCUCAACCUUGAAGGUACUGAAGACUGUGUUUUUUGCUCUGAGAUUUUAAAAGAAAACACUAUUAUUAGCACUGGAGGAGAUGAUUCUGUAUGGCUUGUCUCAUCUGAUUCUGAACCACCCUCCAAUGAUCCGAUAAGGGAGCAAGUAAUUAUCUCAACUGAAAAGGAUGAGGAUCUUGUUAUUCUAGAUGAAGAGGUAGAACCAGCGGUUAUGAAGGCUCAAAAGAAAAAAUCUCCGAAGAAAAAGCCAAAUAGUGGCCGCCAGAUACCCAAAGAAGAGAACAGUGCACAAGAAAUAAGCGAAGAUAAAGAUACAGAUUCCAUAGUAGCCGAGGAAGUUACAACGGAUAAGAACACCAAGCCUUCUUCUGGCUCAAGUUCAAGAUUGCCUUUGGUUCUUUCUGAGAAGGUGAAUCGUACAAAGGUACUCGUUGAAUGUGAAGGGGACUCAAUAGAUCUGAGCGGAGACAUGGGAGCUGUUGGACGCGUGGUUGUUUCAGACACAACCGAGGACGUGUUCUUGGACUUGAAAGGAACCAUAUAUAAAUCAACUAUUGUCCCAUCCAGAACAUUUUGCAUACUCUUUUUGUUGGAUUAUAUGUUUCCUUGUCAGAUUGAAGCUAUUAUGAAUGAUUUCAUACAGCUAACCCCAGUAUCUAACGUCUAUGAAGCAGAAACUAUGGUGGAAGAUCAGCUCGGGUUUUCGUUCGAAUCAGAUGAUGAAGGUAACAAAAACGCAAAGACUGGUACAAAGCCUCCAGAUGAUCAAAGUGGAGACACAGCAGCCAUAACCAAAGGAAAUGGCAAAGCAAAAGGGGAACCUGUUGUAGGAAAAAAGAGAGGAAGACCAUCUAAAGAGAAGCAGCAACCACCAACAAAGAAAGCUAGAAUUCUUCAUCUCUCUUCUCCUUCACUUUACCAAAAAAUCGCAUCGAUUCUUAGGGUUUCUAAAAAAUUCUCGAAUCUGUUCCUGAAUCGUAUCUCUGAUCCUGAUUUUGUUAAAAAAAGAAAAAGAAAAAAAAAGAGUAUGGAAGUUUUAUCGCUAGACUCACUACCGGUGGGGUUUAGAUUCAGUCCAACGGACGAGGAGUUAGUCCGUUACUAUCUCCGUCAAAAGAUCAACGGCCGUGACGAAGAAGUCAGAGUGAUCCGUGAAGUCGAUAUCUGCAAGUGGGAGCCAUGGGAUCUACCUGAUCUUUCUGUGGUGAAGACGACAGACUCGGAGUGGUUAUUCUUCUGUCCAUUGGAUAGGAAGUAUCCGAGUGGAAGUAGGAUGAAUCGAGCUACUGUUGCUGGAUACUGGAAGGCUACUGGGAAAGACCGGAAGGUUAAAUCAGGAAGCACUAAGAUUAUAGGUGUUAAGAGGACUCUAGUCUUCUACACUGGUCGUGCUCCUAAGGGGACACGAACCUGUUGGAUUAUGCAUGAGUAUCGCGCUACUGAGAAGGAUCUUGAUGGGACCAAGCCUGGCCAGAACCCAUUUGUUGUAUGCAAGUUGUUUAAGAAGCAAGAUGUUGUGAGUGAAGCAUCACCAGAAUGUGAAGCUGAACCAGCAGUCUCGUCUCCAACUGUUGUGGAUGAGAUGAGGUCUGAGGUUGAAGUGUCUGAUGUGUCUUUGGCUUUCCCUACAAAGGAAGAACCAAAGCAUUCUGAUGUUGCGGAAUCUUCUCUUGUAGUCUCUGGCGAGUGUCAGAGUGAAGUCUCUGCCCCUGAGGUUACAACCACCGAGCUUGACCAUAUCGAUUGGAGUUCCUACUUGGAGUUCGAGUCCCUGGAACACACUAUGUUCUCUCCCUUGCAUUCUCAGGUGCAAUCUGAGCUCGGUCCCGCUUUCAAUGAUUUUCAGUAUGGGUCAAACGAACCAUUCAGAAACCAGAAUGAUGCUCACAUUCAGACACAGUACGGUUCAAACGACCCCGACCAGUAUAUGUUCGACCUCUUGGAUUCGACUUUCCAGAUUCCCUAUGACUUACCAGAGAUUAAACAACUAUCGCAACCGAUGCCAGAACAGAUUCUAUAUGAGCCACAGAGUCUAGUCAACACGAGUAACAAGAUCAAUAACGAUGUAUCUGAAACAGGAAUCAAGAUUAGGACACGAAGGCCACAAGCCCCGGCUUGUGCUGAACAGUUUGUAAUGCAGGGCAAUGCCUUUAGAAGGUUACGUCUUCAGGUUAACCAUAACAAUCAACAGCCAGAAACUGACGGUCCUCAGAAAGAGGUCAAGGACACAACAUGUGGAGGUUUCAUGAGAUCAAAGAGCAGGACCGAGUUCAUAUUCAACAAGGUUGCAUCUAUGGGAUGUUCAUACAGUGGGCUGCUCAAAGCUGGAGUUGUAGCGGUUGUGUUUGCCAUGUCUGUUUGCAGUCUAACCGGUAAAUUUCGUUGA